CUGGAAGGGUCUCCGGCGCGCCGAGAGGAGCGAAGCCAUCAGCUGCCACCGGCAGGAGGAGGAGGAGGAGCGGAAGAGGAGAGACAGUCUAACAUCGCAGCUUCCAUUCCUUCACUCCUCAUCCCUGACAGACACCUGCUCCUGCUCCUGCUUUUCUCUUUUUCAUUGUCACUCCCGGAGGCUUUACUUCUCCAAAUAUGAGUCGGAUCUAACGGAGAUACCAUCGAAGUGGAUGUGGACAUUGAAUCGUGGACAUGGAGAAGAUCGAGAAUUUAUCCGUGUCGCUGCUGAUAGUUUUAUGGGGAUGUGCGCUCGGAGGGUCGCCCAGCGUGCAGAUAGGGGGGCUCUUUCCAAGGGGCGCGGAUCAGGAGUACAGCGCGUUUCGGAUAGGAAUGGUUCAGUUUGGCACCGCGGAAUUCAGACUGACGCCUCACAUUGACAACCUGGAAGUGGCCAACAGUUUCGCCGUCACCAAUUGCUUCUGUUCGCAGUUCUCCAGAGGAGUCUACGCGAUUUUCGGAUUCUACGACAAGAAGUCUGUGAACACCAUCACGUCGUUCUGCGGCACGCUUCACGUCUCCUUCAUCACGCCCAGCUUCCCCCUGGAUGGGAACCAGCAGUUCAUCAUCCAGAUGAGACCCGACAUCAAGGGGCCGCUGCUCAGCCUCAUCGAGUACUACAAGUGGGACAAGUUCGCCUAUCUGUACGACAGCGACAGAGGACUGACCACGCUGCAGGUCGUGCUGGACACAGCCGCGGAGAGGAAGUGGCAGGUGACGGCCAUCAACGUGGGGAACCUGAAGGACGAGCGGAAGGAUGAGGCCUACCGCUCGCUGUUCCAGGAUCUGGAGAACAAGAAGGAGAGGCGGGUGAUCCUGGACUGUGAGCAGGACAAAGUCAAAGACAUCAUGGACCAGGUGAUCACCAUCGGCAGACACGUCAAAGGCUACCACUACAUCAUCGCCAACCUGGGUUUCGUGGACGGAGACUUGUCAAAGAUCCAGUACGGUGGCGCCAACGUCUCCGGUUUCCAGAUCGUAGAUUUCGAUGACCCGGUGGUUUCCAAGUUUGACCAGAGAUGGGAGGCGCUGGAAGAGAAGGAGUAUCCUGGUGCUGACAAUAAGAUAAGGUACACUUCGGCGUUGACCUACGAUGCAGUCCAGGUGAUGACGGAAGCGUUCCGCUAUCUGCACAAACAGCGGAUCGACUUCACCAGAAGAGCCAACACCGGCGACUGCCUGGCCAACCCAGCGGUUCCCUGGGCCCAGGGAGUGGAGAUCGAGCGGGCGCUAAAACAGGUUCGUGUCGAGGGCCUGACAGGAAACAUUCAGUUCGACCAGCAUGGCAAACGAGUCAACUACUCGGUCAACAUCAUGGAGUUGAAGACCAAUGGUCCUGUGAAGAUUGGCUACUGGAAUGAGGUGGACAAAAUGGCUGUUACAAAGUCGGACGUCUUUGCGAAUGAAACGACUGGGAUGGAAAACAAGACGGUGAUUGUCACCACCAUCUUGGAAGCUCCGUACGUAAUGCUGAAGAAGAAUGCUGACCUUUAUGUCGACAACGAUCGCUACGAGGGCUACUGCGUGGAUCUGGCUGCUGAGAUAGCCAAACACUGCGGCUUCAAAUAUCAGCUGAAAAUAGUGGGCGAUGGGAAAUAUGGAGCCAGAGAUGCAGAGACCAAGAUCUGGAACGGGAUGGUGGGGGAGUUGGUGUAUGGGAAAGCCGACAUAGCCGUGGCACCUCUCACCAUCACUCUGGUGCGAGAAGAGGUCAUCGACUUCUCCAAACCUUUCAUGUCUCUGGGAAUCUCCAUCAUGAUCAAGAAGCCUCAGAAGUCCAAGCCCGGCGUCUUCUCCUUCCUCGACCCGCUGGCCUACGAGAUCUGGAUGUGCAUCGUCUUCGCCUACAUCGGCGUCAGCGUGGUGCUCUUCCUUGUCAGCCGCUUCAGCCCGUACGAGUGGCACACUGAGGAGUAUGAGGACGGGCAGAUUCAGACCAAUGAGUCAACCAACGAGUUCGGCAUAUUCAACAGUCUCUGGUUCUCGCUUGGUGCCUUCAUGAGACAAGGAUGUGACAUCUCUCCGAGGUCUCUGUCUGGCCGUAUUGUCGGUGGCGUUUGGUGGUUUUUCACAUUAAUCAUCAUCUCCUCCUACACGGCAAACCUCGCUGCCUUCCUGACCGUGGAGAGGAUGGUUUCCCCGAUCGAGAGCGCAGAGGAUCUGGCUAAACAGACCGAAAUUGCUUAUGGGACUCUGGACUCUGGCUCCACUAAAGAGUUUUUCAGGCGCUCCAAAAUUGCCCUCUUUGACAAAAUGUGGACGUACAUGAAGAGUGCAGAGCCCUCCGUGUUUGUGAAAACCACAGCCGAGGGGGUUCUGAGGGUGCGCAAGUCCAAGGGCAAGUACGCCUACCUGCUGGAGUCCACCAUGAAUGAGUACAUCGAGCAGCGCAAGCCCUGCGACACCAUGAAGGUGGGAGGGAACCUGGACUCCAAAGGAUACGGGAUCGCCACGCCGAAAGGAUCCUCAUUAAGAAAUGCGGUUAACCUCGCAGUACUAAAACUGAAUGAGCAAGGCCUGUUGGACAAAUUGAAAAACAAAUGGUGGUACGACAAAGGAGAGUGCGGCAGCGGGGGAGGUGAUUCCAAGGAGAAGACCAGCGCCCUCAGCCUGAGCAACGUGGCUGGGGUCUUCUACAUUCUGGUCGGGGGACUUGGCUUGGCCAUGCUGGUGGCCUUGAUCGAGUUCUGUUACAAGUCCCGAGCCGAGGCGAAACGAAUGAAGGUGGCAAAGAAUGCACAGAAUAUUAACCCAACUUCCUCGCAGAAUUCACAGAAUUUUGCAACUUAUAAGGAAGGUUACAACAUGACGUUCGGGGACGCCAUGAGGAAUAAAGCCAGGCUCUCUGUCACUGGAAGCACUGGGGAGAACGGUCGAGUGAUGACUCCAGAGUUUCCUAAAGCUGUCCACAGCGUCCCGUACUCCAGACCUGACAUGGGACUCAACGUCAGCCUGACGGAUCUGUCCUGAUCCUCGAGGAACUUCUGAGUGCCUUAAAAUGGUUUCAAGAGUUUUUUUUUUUUUCUUUGUGCUUCUGUUUUCGUUUACCGUCUCUGUGAAAAUCCUGGAAAUGGAGGCUUGGUUUCGUCCAUCACAAAGACUCGCGUUGUUGCUUCCUGUCUCCGUUUUCCAAAACAACCUGGGCGGAAUCACAUUUCUAGGACACAAAAGGAGGUGUUUUCCUUGACUGGCAUCACCAUGCUUUCCCAUCUGGACUGAGAUGGGAAGCGAGGGCUUAACUGAUCUGCUUCUCCAAGUCCUUCACUUCCGUGGAUGUGAUUAGAGUGUGUGUGCUGUCGGGAAAAAAAAAAAAACAAAAAAAAAACACCGUCUCUGUAGCCACCACAAACAAGCACACUUGAUAUCAUCCGCGUUACAAUGUGAUUCCUUUUUUU